GUCUCUGUAACCGCAAUGGACGUUGAAGAAGGGCCACUAAAAAUUUACUUCGUUCCAUACCUUGCACCUGGACAUAUGAUCCCUCUAUCCGACAUAGCCCUAUACUUCGCAUCCCGUGGCCACCACGUCACUAUCAUCACAACACCAUCCAACGCUCAAACCCUUCGUAAAUCCCACAACCUCCAAGUUCACACCUUCGAAUUUCCUUACCAAGAAGUGGGCCUACCCGACGGCGUCGAAAACUUGUCCGUGGUCACUAACCUUGAGAACUCUAUUAGGAUCUACCAAGCCACCAUGCUGCUCCGCGGACCCAUCGAGAAUUUCGUGGAGCAGUACCCACCCGACUGUAUCGUAGCGGACUUUUUGUACUCGUGGAUGGAUGACUUGGCAAACAAGCUUCGCAUCCCCAGACUGGUCUUCAACGGUUUCUCCCUCUUUGCCAUCUGUGCCAUGGAGUCUCUCAAGGCACACCCCAUCAUCAAUGAUUCCGCCGGUUCUUUUGUCAUUCCAAAUUUUCCUCACCAUAUCACCAUCAAUUCAAUGCCACCCAUGGAGUUCAAGAGAGUAGUGGAUCCGCUGCUCACGGUAGCGCUCAAAAGCUACGGAUUCAUCAUCAACAACUUCGUGGAGCUCGACGGAGAAGAGUACGUCCACCACUACGAGAAAACCACCGGUCACAAGGCUUGGCAUCUUGGUCCAGCCUCUCUUAUUUGCAGAACAGUGGAAGAUCAAGCAGAGAGGGGCCAAAAGAGCGUGUUGGGCGUGCACGAGUGCCUGAGUUGGCUUAACUCAAAGCGAGACAACUCGGUGCUCUACAUAUGCUUUGGGACCAUUUGUUUUUUCCCUGACAAGCAGCUGUACGAGAUGGCAUGUGCGAUCGAAGCUUCCGGUCACGGAUUCAUAUGGGUGGUUCCUGAGAAGAAAGGGAAGGACGACGAAAGCGAAGAGGAGAAGGAAAAGUGGUUGCCAAAGGGUUUCGAAGAGAGGAAUAGGGAGAAAGGGAUGAUCAUAAGAGGGUGGGCCCCGCAGGUGCUGAUCCUGGGCCACCCCGCCGUCGGUGCAUUCCUGACGCAUUGUGGGUGGAACUCCACCGUGGAGGCUGUCAGCGCUGGGGUUCCGAUGAUCACGUGGCCGGUGCACACCGAUCAGUUCUACAAUGAGAAGCUGAUAACUCAGGUGCGGGGGAUUGGGGUGGAGGUGGGUGCAGAGGAGUGGCGCUUUAGUGGUUAUUGGGAGAGUGAAGAGCUGGUGGCUAGAGAUCGCAUAGAGAAAGCAGUGAGGAGGUUGUUGGACGGUGGCGAUGAAGCUGACGAUAUACGACGGCGUGCUCAAGAGUUUCGAAAAAAGGCUCGACAGGCUGUUCAGGAAGGUGGAUCGUCGCACAAGAAUUUAACUGCCUUGAUUGAUGAUCUUAAGCGAUUGAGAGACAGUAAGCCGCGGGAUUAA